UUUCUUCCCUCUCUGUCUCUUUCUUCAAUAUAAGGGAUAGGAGGAUACUGACUAAGUCUGAGGGGAAGGAGGAAGAAGAUUUGCUACAGGAAGGAUUUCUAUCCCCCUCUACAAGAAAACUUAAUACAGCUACCACCGCUUUGAAAGGAAUGGUUUAUGUCCCAACAGCACUUUCCAGACAAGCUCUGUACUUUUUUGCCAACAACUUUAAACUGAAGUCAGUAGACAGUUAAACAAGAGUCGACACUGGAAACAGCUGUGAGUAGACCAGACCAGUUGCUUAUAAGGAGGCGAUCGAGAUCGAAUGACAGCCAAUCAUGAGAGCUAUCUCCUUAUGGCGAGUACCCAGAAUGAUAUGGAAGACUGGGUCAAGUCCAUCCGCCGAGUCAUCUGGGGACCAUUUGGAGGAGGCAUUUUUGGACAGAAAUUGGAAGAUACUGUUCGCUAUGAGAAGAGAUAUGGGAACCGCCUGGCUCCAAUGUUGGUGGAGCAGUGUGUGGACUUCAUCCGACAAAGGGGGCUGAAGGAAGAGGGUCUCUUCCGACUGCCAGGCCAGGCUAACCUCGUGAAGGAACUUCAGGAUGCUUUUGACUGUGGAGAGAAGCCGUCAUUUGACAGCAACACAGAUGUACACACAGUGGCAUCACUUCUUAAACUGUAUCUCCGAGAACUCCCAGAACCGGUUAUUCCUUAUGCCAAGUAUGAAGACUUCUUGUCUUGUGCCAAACUGCUCAGCAAAGAAGAGGAAGCUGGUGUUAAAGAAUUAGCGAAGCAAGUGAAGAGUUUGCCAGUGGUCAAUUACAACCUUCUCAAGUAUAUUUGCAGGUUCUUGGAUGAAGUGCAGUCCUAUUCAGGAAUUAACAAAAUGAGUGUGCAGAACUUGGCCACUGUCUUUGGCCCUAACAUCCUGCGUCCCAAAGUGGAAGAUCCCUUGACCAUUAUGGAGGGCACUGUGGUGGUCCAACAGCUGAUGUCAGUGAUGAUUGGCAAACAUGAUCGCCUCUUCCCCAAAGAUGCAGAGCUGCAAAGCAAGCCCCAGGAUGGCGUGAGCAACAACAACAAUGACCUUCAGAAGAAAGCUGUCAUGGGGCAGCUACAGAACAAGGAGAACAAUAAUACCAAGGACAGUCCCGUAAGGCGGUGCUCUUGGGACAAGCCUGAGUCUCCCCAAAGAAGCAGCAUGGAUAAUGGAUCCCCCACAGCUCUGCCAGGCAGCAAAACCAACAGCCCCAGGAACAGCAUCCACAAGCUGGAUGUCUCUAGAAGCCCCCCUCUCAUGGUCAAAAAGAAUCCUGCCUUCAACAAGGGCAGUGGGAUUGUCACCAAUGGGUCCUUCAGCAGCAGUAAUGCUGAAGCACUCGAGAAAGCCCAGACCACUCCCAAUGGGAGCUUACAGACCAGAAGGACCUCUUCCCUGAAGGGGUCUGGUACCAAAAUGGGCACCCACAGUGUGCAGAAUGGAACCGUGCGCAUGGGCAUCUUGAACUCUGAUACCCUGGGGAACCCCGGGAAUGGCCGCAGCAUGAGCUGGCUGCCCAAUGGCUACGUGACCCUGAGGGAUAAUAAGCAGAAAGAGCAAGCAGGAGAGUCGGGCCAGCACAACAGGCUCUCCACCUACGAUAACGUCCACCAGCAGUUCUCGGCGAUGAGCCUCGACGACAAGCAGAGCGUCGACAGCGCCACCUGGUCUACUUCCUCCUGUGAGAUCUCCCUGCCUGAGAACUCCACCUCCUGCCGCUCCUCCACCACCACCUGCCCGGAGCAAGACUUUUACGGUGGGAACUUUGAGGACCCCGUUUUGGAUGGGCCCCCGCAGGACGACCUCUCCCACCCCACGGACUAUGAAAACAAAAGCGACCGGAGGAGUGUGGGCGGCCGCAGUAGUCGGGCCACCAGCAGCAGCGACAACAGUGAGACCUUCGUUAGCAACAACACCAGCAACCACAGCGCCCUGCACAGCUUAGUGUCCAGCCUGAAACAGGAAAUGACCAAACAGAAGAUAGAGUAUGAGUCCAGGAUAAAGAGCUUAGAACAGCGAAACUUGACUUUGGAAACAGAAAUGAUGAGCCUCCACGAUGAACUGGAUCAAGAAAGGAAAAAGUUCACAAUGAUAGAAAUCAAAAUGCGAAAUGCCGAACGGGCAAAAGAAGAUGCAGAGAAAAGAAAUGACAUGCUUCAGAAAGAGAUGGAGCAGUUUUUUUCCACGUUUGGGGAGCUGACAGUGGAACCCAGGAGAACCGAGAGAGGAAACACGAUAUGGAUCCAGUGAGGGGUGCUCUCUCCCGCUGUCUCGAGCGGCCCUGGGAAGGACGCUGGGGAUUCUGGUGGGAAGAUUAUAUGGGACCAGGUGGCUGGUCACCUGGCUGUACAGAGUUCUAGCUGGGGAGGGCAUAUCAUUUAUAGACAUUACCUACCCAUAUCUUCAAUGUGUACCAAAGUUGUAUCAUGUCCCAUAAUGCUACUGUUAAGUGUUAAAACUGGAUAUGUGUAUAUAGAGUAGUUUUUAAAAAGUAAACUAAAAACAAGAAGCAUAUCUCAAGAAUUAUUUUAUUGCCAGUCUUGUAUUUAAAAUGUUAAAUCAGUAUGUCAUUGCAAUUUAGCUUGCUUUCAAGCUUCACCCCUUGCACUUAACAUAAGCUAUUUUUGGCAUUGUGUUAUCAUCAGCUUAUUUUAUAGAUCAAUAUUUUUAUUUCCCCCUUUGCUGAGGAAACGAAGAUAAGCAGAUAUAUAAAUAUAUAAGAAUAUAUAUGAGAUGAGUUAUUAAAAUCAAAAGAAUA